CCAAGCCACACACUUCAUCACCGCCCAAGCCUAGCCAUGGUCAACGUCGCCAUCAACGGAUUCGGCCGCAUCGGCCGCCUCGUGCUGCGCGCCGCCGCCAAGAACCCCAAGAUCAACGUCGUGGCCGUGAACGACCCGUUCAUCGCCACCAAGUACAUGGAGUACAUGCUCAAGUACGACACGGUGCACGGCCGCUUCGGCGGCGAGAUCUCGCACGACGAGCAGCACAUCUUCGUGGACGGCAAGCCCAUCCGCGUCUUCAACGAGAUGAACCCGGCCAACAUCAAGUGGGGCGAGGAGCAGGUGCAGUACGUGGUGGAGUCCACGGGCGCCUUCACGACGACCGAGAAGGCGUCGGCCCACCUGCAGAACGGCGUGGAGAAGGUGGUGAUCUCGGCGCCGUCGAGCGACGCGCCCAUGUUCGUGAUGGGCGUGAACCACGAGCUGUACGAGAAGAACAUGCACGUGGUGUCGAACGCGUCGUGCACGACGAACUGUCUGGCGCCGCUGGCCAAGGUGGUGCACGACAAGUUCGGCAUCAAGGAGGGUCUGAUGACGACGGUGCACGCCGUGACGGCGACGCAGAAGACGGUGGACGGUCCGUCGAAGAAGGACUGGCGCGGCGGCCGUGGCGCGUGCUUCAACAUUAUCCCGAGCUCGACGGGCGCCGCCAAGGCUGUGGGCAAGGUGAUCCCGGACCUGAACGGCAAGCUGACGGGCAUGUCGUUCCGUGUGCCUACGGCUGACGUGUCUGUGGUGGACCUGACUGCUCGUCUGGUGAACCCCGCUUCGUACGACGAGAUCAAGGCUGCGAUCAAGUCGGCCAGCGAGAACGAGAUGCAGGGCAUCCUCGGCUACACUGAGGAGGCCGUUGUCUCGAGCGACUUCAUCGGCGACUCGCACUCGUCCAUCUUCGACGCUAGCGCUGGCAUUGCUCUGACGGACGACUUCGUGAAGCUCGUGUCGUGGUACGACAACGAGUGGGGCUACAGCUCGCGCGUGCUGGACCUGAUCGAGCACAUGGUCAAGAACGAGUAAGC